AUGGCUGCCCGCGUUUCGUCAGACCCGGAUGCUUCCUUGAGCGCACGGUACUUUGGCAGCGCUUUCACGUAUCUCAAUUUAACUGGAGCGUCUCCUUCCUAUUUGCACAACUCUCCCUCUGACUCCCCUCUGUACGAGUCGGAGCCGCUUUUUGGCCAUGAUCCUAACGCGAUCACUGCUGCCCUCGAAGCGUCCGCGGCUCUAGUCAGGAACGGUCCUCUGGUCACAGAUUUAUGUAUCAAACUAGACAAGGCCCUCCUCAAAAGGGAUUUCCAAGCAAUUAUGGAGCUGUGGCCGCGACUGCAGGAGCUAAAGCCUGCAACUCUCAACAUGUUGGAAAUACGUCCGUACUUCCGGAACUACUCUUACAAAUUCGAGGACCUGCACGUCCCUCAAGACUUCUCCGACCAAAGGAUUCACUCGGCACUAGACGACCUCGCGGCUCACAGCGCCGCCGCCAGUUACAUUCAUGGCGCCGUCGUCCAAAUGGACUAUCAUCUCAAGCGGCGAGAACACGAUGCCGCGCUUAGCCUUACGCUCAAAUGUCAUUACAUGAUGGAGGCUCGCGAUUUCCUGCUCACUGACCUGUUGAAGAGAUCUAAGGACGAGUACGCUUCCAUCGUACACGCGUCUGACAGGCAUUCGGUCAGCGCAACCCCCAAAUUCUUGGCCUUGAGUCUGCAAUUUAUGGCUUGCGGCAUUGGCGGCGUCUGA